CCAAGGGGUGGAAGAUGCUGGAUAAGGCCACCCUGCUCCUGUUCCUGCAUUUAGUUGCAUGCUCCAUCUCCUCUCCUCUCUACCCAGCUCUCAGGUACAGUCCAGGGCCAGUUGCUGGCAAGGCCCUGAGCUUCCAGCUACAGCACAGCAGCUCCCUGCAGAGCCAGAACCCCUCGGCAGAGGAACAGGAGGAGGAGGGUUGGUUAGCAGACCCCACUGAGAAAAGGAUGCAGCGCCACGCUGAUGCCAUCUUCACCGACAACUACCGCAAAUUCCUGGGGCAGAUUUCCGCCCGCAAGUUCCUGCAGACCAUCAUUGGCAAGCGGCUCGGAAGCAGCAGGAGCAGCCCAGGAGAAGGGGUGCAGGAGUUCCUGACAAGGCGCCAGUCUGACAGCAUCCUGAUGGACAGCCGCUACCACCACCAGAUGGUCCUCAGGGACUUCCUGGGAGCCAUCCUGCAGAACCAGAGGCCUCAGGACAUCGACAGCAGUCGGUUAGAAGGCUUUCCCAGCACCCUGGCUAAGCUCAUGUAAAUACUUCUCCCUUUUCCAUCUCCCCACGCUCUGAAUAAUUCAGAGCUCGUGGACCUGAUGUACAGUGAGCCCUUGACAGCAAUGAAGACAUUGCCAGAUGUGAGCAGCUGGAAACUGAUG